GAGAGAGAGAGAGGCAGCGACGCAGACCUAUCCAGGCUAUAUAGCUGUCGGCUUGUACGAAUAUAAACCGUCCAACCCCACUUCUCCGCCCCACUUUACAUCACCUCCUCAACAUCACAUACCCCAAGAUCUCUGCCCUUCGCCAAGAAAAGCAAAGAGAUGUCCGAAUUCAACUACACCAAGAUCCUCCUCAUCGGCGGGACCUCCGGCAUAGGUCACGCCUUGGCCGAAAAGAUCCUCCUCUCACGUCCUUCCGCCAAAUUGAUCGUGGUCGGGCGUCGACAAGAAAAGCUGGACGAAAUCGUUCAAAAGUGGGGGAAAGAGAGGGUUGAAGGGGUUGUUUUUGAUGUGACUGAUUUGGGGGGGAUUGAGGGGUUUGCUAAAAAGAUCCUCUCCACCAACCCAGACCUCUCCUGCCUAAUCCUAAACUCCGGCAUCCAACGCCCCCUCGACUUCACUGACCCCGCUUCGAUCUCCCUUGACUCUAUCUCUGAGGAAUUUACUACGAAUUAUUUCAGCUAUGUGGGGUUCUUGAAGUGGUUCUUGCCGCACUUCCAGCAGUAUAAACAAGAUGGACAGGACGGAGAGACGGCGGUGGUCAUGGUAGGAAGCGUAUUGGGGCUGGUACCUAUGACGAGGUGUCCGAAUUACUGCGCUAGCAAGGCCGCGCUCCAUCAACUGAUCCUCCCGCUCCGAAAACAAAUGUCCGACGGGCCUGGGAACGUCAAGAUCGUCGAGGUCUUUCCUCCUAGUGUGCAGACCGAGCUGCACGACAAGAAACACCAACCCGAUAUCGAGAACGGCCGUCAGAUGGGCAUGCCUCUCGACGAAUUCACCGACGAGCUCUGGGCCGGAUUGAGCGCUGGCAAGGAAGACAUUCCCGUCGGUAUGGGAAAGGCCAUCUGGGAGAGGAUCGAGCCGGGGAGGAGGGAGGAGGCGGGAAAGUUCCCUUAGGACCGAUAUGGUUCCUAUUUGAUCAUUAUAAAUCGAAAUGUGAGGGAGUGAGGUAUAGUACAAUGUAUAGAUACA